UAUAUUCACCAACUCACUUCGAAUCAAAGGAAAGAAUGUGCAGAUUUAUUACGAACUGACAUCAAGCGAGGAUUAUCGACAUCUGAAGUGGUUGGAAGACAAAAAUAUAAUGGUUAUAACGAAUUCGAUAUACAAGAUCAUGAUCAUGUUUGGAAGAAGUAUCUUGAUCAGUUUAAAAAUCCGCUAAUUAUUCUACUGCUUGCUAGUGCCGCAAUAUCACUAUUAAUGGGACAGAGUGAAGAUGCUAUAAGUAUUACCGUGGCGAUUGUAAUUGUAGUUACUGUAGGAUUCGUACAAGAAUAUCGCUCUGAGAAAACCCUAGAACACUUAAAUAAGCUCGUACCACCAACGUGCCACACUAUACGUGAUGAUCGUGAAGUUCAGUUUUUGGCUCGUGAAUUGGUACCUGGAGAUAUUGUUUUAUUAAAUGUUGGUGAUCGUAUACCAGCGGAUUUGCGGUUAUUUGAAGCUUUAGAUUUACAAGUCGAUGAGUCAUCAUUCACUGGAGAAUUAGAACCACGACAUAAAUAUGUUAAAUCGUUCGCAAAUAGUUCAGAAAAUGUCGAUCACAUUGAUAAUGUUGUAUAUAUGGGUACCUUGGUAAGAGGUGGUCGUGGCAAGGGUAUAGUGAUCGGAACUGGUGCAAAUACACGCUUUGGUGAAGUUUUCAAAAUGAUGCAAGCUGAAGAAGCACCUAAAACACCGCUACAAAACAGCAUGGAUUACUUAGGCAAACAGUUGUCUCUAUAUUCAUUUGUAAUAAUAAUUGUUAUAUUUUUUAUUGGUCUAUUCCAAGGACGUGAUACAUUGGAAAUGUUUAGAAUUGCUGUCAGUUUGGCAGUAGCAGCAAUACCUGAGGGUCUACCGAUAGUCGUAGCAGUAACACUGGCCAUCGGUGUGAUACGAAUGGCAGCCCGUCGAGCGGUUGUAAAAAAAUUACCUGCAGUUGAAGCACUUGGAUGUGUCACAGUGAUAUGUUCUGAUAAAACUGGAACUUUGACUAAAAAUGAAAUGACCGCUGUUACUAUUGUCUCUGCUGAUGGGCAAGUUGCUGACGUGCUAGGUACUGGAUAUUCGUUAGAAGGCGGUAUGUGUACUGUUAGAGGAGAACGUGUUAUUGGUCAUUCUCAUCCGUCAAUAAGCCGAAUAAUUGAAAUUGGUUGCAUUUGUAAUAAUGCUAUUUUAUCGGAAGGUAUUUUAAUUGGACAACCAACAGAGGGUGCUCUUUUGGUUCUCGGAAUGAAGACGCGAUUAGAUGAACAAGCAAAAUUUUAUAAGCGAAUCAAAGAAAUACCAUUUUCAUCAGAAACUAAAUGGAUGGCUGUACAAUGUGAACAUGUCCAGCUGCUGGUUAAAGGUGCAUUGGAUUGUGUGCUAGAAAUGUGCACAGGUUACUUGGAAAAUGGUACAAGCGGUGUGAAAUUUAAUAGUAUCGUGAAAGAACGUAUUAUUGAAACAAGUCAUAAUUUAGGAUCACAAGGUUUAAGAGUGAUAGCUUUGGCUUGUGGCACUGAACAAGAAUUAUAUUACGCUGGAAUGGUCGGCAUUGUCGAUCCAGCUAGGCCGGGUGUCGCGGAAAGCAUCGAGAUUGUGCAGUCUGCUGGUGUUAAAGUGAAAAUGGUUACUGGCGAUGCUAUGGAAACAGCUUGUAGCAUUGGCUCUCGUUUAAAUCUAUUCAAAGAGGGUGAUGUUUGUUUGUCUGGUCCAGAAAUAGAUCGUAUGUCUGAUUUGGAUCUUGAACGAGUAAUAAAAGCAGUAACAAUAUUUUAUCGCUCUUCUCCAAUGCAUAAAUUGCGGAUCGUUAAAGCACUGCAAAAUGUGGGAGAUGUGGUGGCAAUGACAGGUGAUGGAGUUAACGAUGUGGUUGCGCUCAAGAAAGCUGAUAUUGGUAUCGCAAUGGGUUCUACAGGUACAGAUGUUUGCAAGGAAGCUGCGGAUAUGAUACUCACAGAUGAUGAUUUUUAUACGAUUCGAGCUGCUAUCGAAGAAGGCAAAGGCAUUUACCAUAACAUUACAAAUUUUGUGCGAUUUCAACUAAGCACAAGUGUGGCAGCUUUAUCACUGAUUGCAAUAUCAACUUUAUUUGAAUUUGAAAACCCUUUAAAUGCUAUGCAAAUACUGUGGAUUAAUAUCAUUAUGGAUGGACCACCUGCUCAAAGUUUAGGUGUUGAACCUGUUGACAGAGAUAUCAUUCGCCAACCGCCAAGAAAUGUACGGCAACCCAUGAUUAAUAAUGCACUCAUAACAAAUAUAUUGAUAUCGGCAGCAAUUAUCAUUGCUGGAACAUUGACAGUUUUUUACAAAGAAAUGACAAUAGAUAAUGAAGUAACACCACGCGACACAACAAUGACUUUUACGUGCUUUGUCUUAUUCGAUAUGUGGAAUGCAUUAGCGUGUCGUUCAAGUAGAAAGAUGAUUUGGGAAAUUGGUUUAUUCAGGAAUCGUAUGUUUUGUUUCGCUGUACUUGGAUCUCUGCUUUGUCAAUUAGCAGUAAUAUAUUUCCCCCCCUUGCAGAGAAUUUUCCAGACUGAGGCACUUAAUUUAUCUGGUGAGAUAAUUUAUUCUUUGUACAUUACUUUUUUCAAUCAGUAUAUCACAUAUCCUUCUCAGCUCCAAGCAUAUUUCUCUGUUCUUUCCAAAUAUUUCAACAGAUGA